UCACUGCUCUUAACAAACUCACACCAACCAAACCAAAAAAAUAGCAGUGAGAGAGUGGUGGCUGAAGAAGGUGAUGGCUCUCAGAGUUACUUCCACCGCGCGUCCGCCCUCUCUGCCACCUUCGCCGCCACUCUCCUCUCCGCCUCCCAAGACCGUCUCUGUUCCCUCCAAACUCAAGAUAUCAUCUUCGAGGCCGCAUCAAUUGGCACCGGCCUCACUCUCCGUCCCACCCGCUGCUGUUUUGCCUCUCUUUGCUCUCUUUGCGGCUCCUGAUGCCUCCAGAGCUGAAAUUCUCCCCAAGGAGCAAAUUGUUUCUUCUCUCACUCAGGUGGAGUCUGCAAUUGAUAAAAUUGGAGAAGUGGGCGGGAGUUUGUUGAGCGGCGCAGGGGAAUUGUUUGGGGCAGUGAAGCCUGGCUUGGAUGCAGCGGUUCCUAUAUUAAAGCAAGCUGGAGAACAGGCUGUGAAGAUAGCUUCUCCAGUGGUCUCAGAGGCUACUAAGAAAGCUCAAGAAGCUAUGCAGAGUUCAGGCUUCGACACUGAACCAGUCAUGACUGCAGCUAAGACAGUUGCUGAUGCAGCUCAGCAAACUACAAAGGUGAUUGAUGAGGCCAAACCGAUUGCCACUUCCACUGUUCAAACCAUAUCAGCAGCAGAACCUGUUGUAAUUUUGGCAACUGGUGGUGCAUUAGUCAUCGCAUAUUUCUUACUCCCUCCUGUCCUCUCUGCCAUUUCCUUUAACCUUCGGGGCUACCAGGGUUUCCUUUCUCCUGCUCAAACCUUGGAUCUGAUGUCCGCAAAGAACUACAUUUUGGUUGAUAUACGUUCAGAGAAGGAUAAAAACAAGGCUGGGGUUCCUCGUCUUCCCUCCAGUGCUAAAAACAAUUUGAUAUCAAUCCCAUUAGAAGAACUACCCAAUAAGGUCAGAAGUCUUGUCAGGAAUGUGAAGAAAGUAGAAGCUGAGUUGGUGGCACUGAAGAUCUCUUAUCUUAAGAAGAUCAAUAAAGGUUCCAACAUUGUGAUAUUGGACUCGUACUGUGAGUCGGCUAAAACAGUUGCUAAAACCUUGACGAAACUUGGGUUCAAGAAUACCUGGAUUGUGACUGAUGGCUUCUCCGGAAGCAAAGGGUGGCUGCAAAGCCGCCUAGGUACGGAUUCUUAUAACCUAUCCUUUGCUGAAGUUAUAUCUCCAUCGAGAGUUAUUUCUUCGGCAAGUAGGAAAUUUGGUACGACUAGCACCAAGUUACUUCCUGGUGCCUCAGAUUGAAGUUAUGAGACCUGCCAUUAUCGACCUUUUCCAGUUACAUUCGUGGGAUGCCUGUAAUAGUGACCAUUUUUUUUAUCUCAAAAGUUGAAGAAGCUGUAUAUAUUGCUCUUGAUCUCAUGAACUUGGGGUGGCUGGCUAGCACGUAGACAGUCAUUGGAUGGGGACUGUGUGCUAGCAGCUGGUUGCGUUUUUUA